AUGGUUUCUUUCAAGGUCUCCAAUAUCGUGGCCCUCGCCGCUGCCGUUGCCGCCGCACCCACUGAGCUCCUCCAGUCCCGCGCUGUUGUGGCACACGACUCCAUCAGCCCCGUCGCUCAAAGAAUUCAGACUGGCGGCCUCGGCAAAAUCAUCGAGACCUUCAACCCCCUCCUUCACAUCGCCCACGGUUGCCAGCCGUACCCCGCCGUCGCCGACAAUGGCGACACCAGCGGAGGGCUCCAGGACACCGGCAGCUCUACCGGUGGCUGCCGCGACCAGGCCAAGGGUCAGACUUAUGCCCGCGCCGGCACAGUCGACGGCAAGACGGUCAUCAUGUACUCUUGGUACUUCCCUAAGGACCAUCCCAACAGCGGCGAUGUCGCCGGAGGCCAUCGCCACGACUGGGAGAACAUUGUCCUCCAGGUUGACGACCCGGCCGCGGCUACCCCCAAGAUCAUUGGUGGAGCAGCCUCCAGCCACAGCGGCUACAGAAAGGCCGACGGGGCUCCUCCUAUGGACGGCAACAGCCCCAAAGUCGAAUACUUCACCAGCUUUCCUACCAACCACGAGCUCCAGUUCACCGAUACCAUUGGCAAGACCUAUCCCAUCUCCGACUGGGACGCUCUGCCUGCCGCCGCCAAGACUGCUCUUCAGGACACCGACUUUGGAAAGGCCAACGUUCCUUUCAAGGAUGGCAGCUUCGAGAGCAAGGUCCGCGAGGCUCUCGAAUAG